GAGUCAAACCGGAUAAUGCCGAAAGCGUUUAAUACACAUGCGUCAGUUAAUCUAGUUUCUUGUCAGUUAGCACCGGAAAACACAAAAAAGCGGUGUUGUGUUUUUCUUCAAAGGGCAGAAAAUGGCACGACUGGGGAUUUUCUACAUAGUUUGGGUGCUGCUGGUAGCGCACAGCAUCGCCAUUAUACGAGUUCCCCUUAAGAAGACGAGGAGCCUCCGUCGCAUCAUUAGCGAUAAUGGAAUGUCCCUGGAUCAAAUUCGGGCUUUGGGAAAGUCAUCCGGAGCUCCUGACAGCGCCCCUUCGCCACAACUACCCGUGGAGAGACUGACUAACUUCAUGGAUGCCCAGUACUUCGGCGCCAUCAGCAUCGGCUCCCCGCCUCAGGACUUCACCGUGCUGUUUGACACCGGUUCCUCCAACCUCUGGGUGCCGUCCAUCCACUGCUCCUUCCUCGACAUCGCCUGCUGGGUUCAUCAUCGCUACAACUCAAAGAAAUCGAGUACGUACGUUCAGAACGGAACGGAGUUCUCCAUCCGAUACGGCAGAGGCAGCCUCUCGGGCUUCAUCAGCGGAGACACAGUCACUAUAGCAGGUUUAUCCGUGCCCGGGCAGCAGUUUGGUGAAGCCGUGAAGCAGCCGGGAAUCACGUUUGCCGUCGCUCGCUUUGACGGCGUCCUGGGUAUGGCGUACCCAUCCAUAUCGGUGGCUAACGUCACGCCGGUGUUUGACAGCGCCAUGGCGGGAAAGCUUCUGCCGCAAAAUGUCUUCUCCUUCUACAUAAGCAAGGACCCCGCUGCGGCAGUGGGGGGGGAGCUGGUGCUGGGCGGGAGCGAUCCACAGUACUACACCGGAGAUCUGCACUAUGUCAACGUCACCCGCAAGGCAUACUGGCAAAUUAAGAUGAAUGAAGUCAAUGUGGGCACCCAGCUGACAGUCUGCAAAGGCGGCUGCCAGGCCAUCGUUGACACAGGAACUUCUUUGAUGGUCGGCCCCGUCGAGGAAAUCCGAGCACUCCAGAAAAGCAUCGGAGCUCUUCCCUUGCUGAUGGGAGAGUACUGGAUUGACUGCAAGAAGAUCGACUCCCUUCCUGUCAUCGCCUUCAACAUCGGAGGAAAGAUGUUCAACCUGACCGGAGAGGAUUAUGUCAUGAAGGAGUCUCAAAUGGGAACGUCGAUCUGCCUCUCAGGCUUCAUGGCCAUGGAUAUCCCGCCUCCUGCGGGACCUCUGUGGAUCCUGGGAGACGUCUUCAUCAGGAAGUACUACACGGUGUUUGACAGGAGUGCUGAUCGUGUGGGCUUUGCACUGGCGAAGUAGUACCACUAAAAAAAAAAAUACUGAUUGCACUGCAAUGCUCUCAAAAAUGAUUUAUCGCCAUUUAUCGGAAAGGUUUUGUUCUUGAAAUACUUUUGGUUGUAAAAAUUAGGUACAUGCAAAAAUAUCGUUGAUCGCGUUCAGUCAAGUUCUGUGAAAUAGGAUUUAGAAAUUGAAUAUUUUUUGUAGUUAGAGCAAAUAAAAGCUGUUCAUUGCCUUCAAAAUACAGUUUUCAACAUUAGAGCCCUCUAGACACGAAAUAACACCCCUAUAGUCACAUUUUACACUCAUAUUAUGCUAUGUAGUAAUAUUUCCGUAGUUGCAAAACUUGCUUGACUCUUUUUGUAACAUUAUUAGAGCCCUUCAGACAUGAAAUAACACCCCUAUAGUCACAUUUUACACUCAUAUUAUGCUAUAUAGUAAUAUUUUCGUAGUUGCAAAACUUGCUCGACUCUUUUUGUAACAUUGUUAGAGCCCUACAGACAUGAAAUAACACCCCUAUAGUCACAUUUUACACUCAUAUUAUGCUAUAUAGUAAUAUUUCCGUAGUUGCAAAACUUGCUUGACUCUUUUUGUAACAUUAUUAGAGCCCCACAGACAUGAAAUAACACCCAUAUAGUCACUUUUAAUUGAUAACAUAAGACUUGUGCUGCAGGGACUGUAGACGGCAAGCUAGCCAGCUAACAAGUUAGCCUCAUUAGAUUCAUUUUGUCUAAAUUUAAGAAGCCAAAACAUACCACUUCCACAUGGAAUGUGAGGAUAUUUUUUUUCAUUUUGUCAGGCAUGCUGUGUAAUUAAUUGUGUAACUGUGUAAUUAACUGUGUAAAGUAAUUUCUCAAAAACCGAGAUACAGCAAGGGAGUGAGAAUCGAACCGCAACAUUGCAAAAGACAACUUUGUUGCUGUAAAUGUGUUCCAGUGUGAUGGUAGCUGAGUAGUAGGUGGACAGGAAGUGACAUCAUGGGUUCAGAGGUUGUUUUUUUUUUUAGCACUGCAACAGUAGCUCACGUCGGGGAUUGCUAUGACGGUUUUGAGAGGAUUCAAACCUGGAAUAAAAGCCUGUUGUUCCUGCGGUGAUCAAGUCUGGUGCUUGUGCGUAUCACUGCGCAUUACAGUAACAUUACUGACACCUAGUGGCCAGUGUAGAACACUGCAUAUUAUCACAUCUUUGAAUGAGUCUACUGAAUGGCUUGUAUUUUUUUAUGCUUAAUUUACAAGAAAAAAAAACACAUAGAAAUGUAAGUUUUGACUACUAAUAGGCAGAAUUUUACCACAAAUUAGCAUAAUUUAUUAAUAUAAUUAUUGUGUUGCAGUGUCAUGUGAUGAACCAUUUUUUUUUGUUUGUUUUUAGGAGGAACAGAAAUUGAAUGUAAAGCAAAGGUACAAUCAAAGUUGCGUAAUUAUUAUUUUUUACCUGACUUUUUGCUUCUUUUGAAUUAAAAAACUGCUGGUUCUGACUGGAGUGUACAUUCCCUUUCUGUGUGAAUCCAACUGAAAAGAAAUAAAGACAAAAUAAAGUCA